AUAUAUAAAAAUUAAAAAUCUUAUCAAUCUUUAUAUAAAUAUAAAUAAAUAUAUUGAAAUGGUGAUCGGAUCAUCAUUCUCAAUAGCUUUCAUCUUUUGCCUUUGUUUACCGUUUUUUGUGCAUAGUCAGAAUAGUAAUAAAUUAUCUAUAUAUUCAUUUAAUUGAUCAAAAAAAUGUUUUCCUCUUAUCAACCCAAUAACAACAACAAACAAAACGAACAACAAGACGACAAAGAAUCGACCAUCAGCAAUGCCGAUUUACAUGAUGAUCAAAAAACUGAACAAAAAAUUCAACCAUUAAAACUUGAUGCUCAAGAAUUCUACGAUAUCCAUGAAGAUGAUCUUGUUGAUUUUGAAACUUCUGAAGAAUUCCUUCUACAUUUUUCUCGUAUCGGACAAGUGCAAUUAGUGAAAAAAUUAUUAAGUCUUCGUAAUGCUCAUGAGAUUGCUCUGAAUAUUGAUUGUAAAGGUACAGUUAAAGCCAAUUUUGGCUGGUCACCAUUACAUUUGGCCACAUAUUUCGGUCAUUAUGAAGUGGUAGAAAUUCUAUUGAAAAAUGGUGCCGAUGUUAACAUACAAAAUGAAGAAGGUGAUACACCUUUGCAUAAAGCAGCCUAUACUGGCCGUGAAAAUAUUGUCAUAUUAUUGCUUGCACAUCAGGCAAACGUUUUCAUUUCUAAUGGUGAUUCUCUUCGAGCAUUCGAAUUAGCUAAAACCGAUUCAAUACAGAAAUUAUUAUCGGCAGCCGAAAAAUUUGACAUAAAACGUCGUGAAGAACGUUACCUUAGUGCAGCACGAUCUGGACAAAUUUCCGUCAUAAAAGAAUUGCUUGAAGAUACAAACAAUGGUAUCAAUAUUAAUUGUACUGAUUCAUCGGGCAAUACUGCCCUACAUUGUGCUGCUUAUCGUGGACAGACCGAAGUAGUCAUUUUUCUACUCAAAAAUGGUAUCGACACUGCGAUCAAAAAUAAACGCGGACAAUUGGCUUCUAAUGUGGCAGCGACAAUUUCGCUAAAACAAUUAAUACAGGAAGCACAUUUGUCAGUGAUGACACCAAGAGUGGUUGCAUCAUUGAAAAAUAAAUCUGUUGCUCGUUUCGAAGGAUGCCUUUUACGUAAAGCACGAUUUUUUGGUUGGCGACCAGUAUGGGUCAUUCUCGAAAGGGGUGUGUUUUCGUAUUUUCAAAAUCGAGCUGAUGCAGCUACCGGAGUCAGAAGAAAAGGUUAUAAAUAUCUAGAUAACGCCAUUACCGAAGUCGUACAUGAUAAUGUUGGCAAUAAUAAUAGCAAUAGUCCAUCCAUUUCGAGCUCAAUAUCCAGUAAUCUUGAUCAUAAACAUCAACAACAAUCACCAUCUCCACAGCCAUUGUGUUUCAUUAUCAUAUUCGGUGAUCGAUCUCGAGCAAUGUUAGGACUGCCGAAAAAUCAGUCCGAACUUAAUUUGCAAAAAUGGAUUAACGCCAUCAAUGAUCAUAUUUAUUUCAGCACGAAUUUUAUCAAACAAGGCACUCAUAUGGGCGAUGAUUCGGAUGAUGAAGAGGAGGCUGCCAAACAAUUAUUAUCACCAAUGGCCAUACAGGAUAUGAUAGUGACAGCGAAUGCACAUCAAAAAAUUCUUGAACGACAUAUCAAUGCAUUACAGCAAUUAUUGAAUGAUGAGACCCUAUUCUUUUCUCCUGAAAGAAAUCGUGAUGACCAAUUUUCCAAUGAUAGUUUUCAUUCAGUGCAAUCAAUAGAUUCAAUUUCUCGUUCUACAAUACCUUCAAUUAAAUUUCAUUUAAAUUUGAUUUUGGAAUCAUCAAAAAAUGCCAACUCAUCAUUGACACAAUGUUUAGUAUUGAUAUCUCAUCAGAAUCAGUCACGACAAACAUUGAUACAACAAGAACAGGAAAAGGUUCGUGCAUUGGAAGAAGCUUUACAAUUAUUAGCCCAUGAACAUCAUGAUCUAGAACGAUCAGUUACACGUUCCAUUCUUAAUUCUACUGCCAGACAGCAACAUUCUAUCUCAACAUCAAUGCCGACCGAUGUUGCUCAAAAUAAUUCGAUUAUAGCUGAUCAAUCUAUACAUAAUUCUAAUCUAAUAUCAUUGAAUCAGAGUCUUGUACGAUCAUUUGCAUGUCUAUCGCAAACAUCAAUGGCGACCGAUAUGGAUGAAUUUUAUGAUGCUUUCGAUGAUGCGUUUGAUGAUGAAGAUGAUCAUCAUCAACAUUCCAAUUCAAAUCCACAACAUCCAGAUCAAAUUGUUCAUUGUGAUUCGUCAUCAACUAAUAACAAUAACAAAAAUAGUGAUGAUCGAAUAAUCAUAAUGGAUAGUAUUGAUAAUAAAAAUGAACCAUUAAAUCAAUUGAAAACAUUGACAACAUUUCAUACUGCAAAUGAUAAUAGUGAACAACUGAAUGAUCUUACAAUCAACGAUUCGAUAUCGACAUUAUCACCCGAUGAUGAUGAUGGUGACGCAGACAAAACUAUUGCUUCGGAUGAUUUACCAUUAAAUUCAAUGAGCCAACAUAGAGAUCGUUUACCAGCACCGAUGGUGCCUAGAGAUGAAAUUGGCCUUUGGAGUAUUCUAAAGCAUUGUAUUGGAAAAGAAUUGUCGAAAAUAACAUUCCCAGUGAUAUUCAAUGAGCCUCUUAGUUUCUUACAACGUAUGACAGAAUUAUUCCAUUAUACACAUUAUCUUAACAUAGCCGAUCAAUGUGAUGAUAUUGUCGAACGUAUGGAGAACAUCUGUGCAUAUAUCGUUUCAGCUUAUUCAUCAAAUUGGCUUCGACUAAAUAAGCCUUUCAAUCCAUUAUUGGGUGAAACGUUUGAAUAUGAAAUAAAAACAUCACAAACAAAAAUUGUUUGUGAACAAGUUUCACAUCAUCCUCCAAUCAGUGCCUGGCAUGCUGAAUCACCACAUUUUAUUCUUCGUGGAACUAGUGCACCAAAAUUACGAUUCUGGGGCAAAUCGAUUGAAGUGAAACCCGAAGGAACGGCAACACUGGAACUCAAAUCCUGUGGUGAAAUUUACACCUGGAAAUCGGUCAAUUGUUGUGUACAUAAUAUUAUUGUCGGAAAAAUUUGGUUCGAACAGUAUGGUACAGUAGAAGUUGCGAAUCACAUGAAUCAAUUCAAAUUGCUCAUCAAUUUCAAACCGGCCGGUUGGUUUGGUUAUGAUCUAAAUCGUUUGGAUGGCUAUAUACAGAAUGUAAAAAAAGAGAAGCUACGUUUUGUAUAUGGAAAAUGGAAUGAUUAUCUUAAAUCUGCCAGCAUUGAAGAUUAUGACGAAUAUCUGAAAGCUAAUAAUAAUAAAUUUCGUGCACCCGAUAAGCCGAUUGAUAUCGGUGCGAGUGAUGGUAGCGGUCAAAAUGAUCAUCAUUCAUUUAAUCGUAGUAAAAUGAUGUCAAAAUUGAAUUCAUUGACCAAACAGUUGACAGGAUCGUUAGAUCUUGGUGUAGCGAUCGGUGGCAGUAGCAAUGAUCAACAGCAACAACAAACGGAUGAUAAUAAUCUUCCACCAGAAGCUAUCGAAGGUGAUAUGCCUAAAAGUGAUUCAUCACAUUCAUUAGAUAUAAAUAAUUCUCGAAUAUUAUGGAAAGCUGAACCAAGACCUGAACAUUCGUCGCAAUAUUACAAUUUCAAUUGGUUUACAUUCGGUCUAAAUGAAUUGCCUGGAGAUAAUAAUGAACGGCAAGAAUUAUUAAAACGAUUACCGCCCACUGAUUCUCGUUUAAGACCUGAUAUAAGAAAAUUAGAAGAAGGAGAUCUUGAUGCAGCAGCUGCAGAAAAGAAUCGAUUGGAGGAAAAACAACGUGAAGCACGGCGAUUACGGAAAAAGGGCAAAAUGAAAGAAUUUCAGCCUUUGUGGUUUCGGCCUGAAUUUAACCAAUAUACUGGACAAGAGGAUUGGGUGUUUAAACAGGAAUAUUGGACCAAACGUGAUUGGUCUAGAUGUCCCGAUAUAUUCUAAAUAUACAAAAAAUGAUUCUGAUUUCGUUUUGUUUUUUUUAUCAAAUAGAAAAAGGCUAUAAAGCGUCUUUGUUCCAGCUCCUGGCCAUAUCUAUAUAAUAAUUAAGAAGGAAUUUGUUUUACCAUCUGUCCGCACUACCACAUUAUCAGAAAAUGUGAUGGCAUUCAAAAAUAAAAAUUCCUUGAAUUGUUGAAAAAUAUUAUCAAUCGGAACAAGAAGAUUGCAGCCACAAAAAAUUCAAAUUCAUCUUGACAAAUGCUCAACUAUUUUUCAUUCAGUCUUAAACAUUCUUAUUAUUAUUC